UAGCGGUGGAACCGCAGGGCCAGGACACAGGUCCUGCAUCAGGAAAAGAAGCACGAUUUUGGGGGAAAAACAUCACUUAACAUCUAAGAUACAAAAAAGAAAGCGAGCAGAACCUUUGGUAUGGUUUUGUAGAGGGAACCGUCUAAUAGAGAACAGGAUAAAAAUGUCUACUUGGCAGAGCUGUGCAUUGUGCUCGACCAAUCUUCGAUGCAUUGAGGACACAUAGUUGCUUCUUCUCAUCGUUCCAUAAUUAGAGCAAAUAUUUGCCAUGGGAAGGUUCUGUGUCUCCUGCUUAUUUCCUGCUUCGUGGCAUUUCAGUUUAUCCCCUUCAGCGUGUCCUCGGCCUCUCAACACGACCUAUCGCCAGUUGACAGCUGUUGCAUUGCUCACUGUUUUAAUCUCUCUACUGUACAUUUUACUGGUCUUGGACAGGAAUCGAUGGGGACGUUUCUACCAGGAGAGAGGAGAUAGAUACUUAACCAAACUGAUAGAUAUGGAGGCCACUGAUAUAAAGAAUCCUUACUUGAACUAUGGCAUAGUGAUAGACUGUGGAAGUAGUGGCUCGAGACUCUUUGUGUACUGCUGGCCAAGACACAACGGGAAUCCACAUGAUCUGCUCGAUAUCAAACAGAUGAGGGGCAAAAACAGACUGCCUGUGGUGAUGAAGAUAAAGCCAGGUAUUUCAGACCUGGCAUCUACACCAGAAAAGGCUAGUGAUUACCUCGCACCUCUUCUGAAUUUUGCUGCAGACCAUAUUCCUCAUUCUAAACAUCAGGAAACUCCUUUAUACAUCCUAUGCACUGCGGGCAUGAGGAUUUUGCCUGAAAACCAGCAAAAUGCCAUACUUGAAGACCUCCGCACAGAUAUCCCACUUCACUAUGAUUUCCUGUUUGCAGAUUCACAUGCUGAGGUAAUUUCAGGCAAACAGGAAGGUGUAUAUGCUUGGAUUGGAAUCAACUUUGUCCUGGGAAGAUUUGACCAUAUCAGUGCUGGUGAAGAUUCGGUGGUAGAAGUCAACGUUCCUGGCACUGAAACCCAGGCGGCCGUUGUCCGCAAGAGGACAACUGGUGUACUGGACAUGGGUGGGGUUUCCACUCAAAUAGCCUAUGAAGUCCCCAAAACUGUAAGCUUUGCCUCUUCACAACAGGAGGAGGUAGCCAAGAACCUGCUGGCAGAGUUCAACCUGGGCUGUGAUGCCCAUCACACAGAACAUGUAUACAGAGUCUACGUCACCACGUUUCUGGGUUUCGGUGGGAAUGCUGCCAGACAGCGCUAUGAAGAACAGAUUGUCUACAAGACUAUGCUGACAAACAGGUUGCUGGGGCAGAAGACAGGCGCAACUGAGGAAAUCCCAUACUUGGACCCUUGUUUGCCAGUAGACAUCAAAGAUGAAAUUCAUCAAGAUGGGCGCACUGUGUACUUGAGAGGACUGGGAGAUUUCGACUGGUGUCGGGAAGUGAUUAGCCCCUUAUUAAAUAAAACUAAUGAGACUUCAACGUCCCUCAGUGGGGUCUACCAGCCCCCUGUAGACUACAAAAACAGUGAAUUUUAUGGUUUUUCUGAAUUUUUUUACUGCACUGAAGAUGUCUUGCGCAUGGGUGGUGCCUACAACGUUGCUAAAUUCAUGAAGGCUGCUAAGGAUUAUUGUGCAACAAAGUGGACAGUCCUGAAGGAACGCUUUGACCGUGGCUUGUACUCUUCUCAUGCAGACCUGCACAGACUGAAGUAUCAGUGUUUUAAAUCGGCGUGGAUGUAUGAGGUUCUUCAUCGUGGGUUCUCCUUCCCUGUGAACUACACCAACUUGAAAACAGCUCAGCUGGUCUACGAUAAGGAAGUGCAGUGGACACUUGGAGCAAUUCUCUACCGCACUCGCUAUUUACCCUUGAGGGACAUUCAACAGGACGCCUUCAAAGGCAACCACUCACACUGGAGGGGCUUCUCCUUUGUCUACAACCAUUAUUUAUUCUUCGUCUGUUUCCUGGUGGUCCUCUUGUCCAUCCUCCUCUACCUGCUGCGACUGCGACGGAUCCACCGCAGGAUGCUGCACAACACCUCGCCCACGGAGCUGUGGAUGGCCGAAGGCGGGCUACCUCAGAUAUCAGAAGUUUCUUGAAAUCCAGCGGCUGAAGGGUGGUCCUGUGGGAUGGCAGGUGCAAACGUCUUGCCUUUUGGCCUGGGAUUUGCCCACCAGCAUGAUUUUUGGUGAAGAGUACCGAGACAUCAUGCAAAACUCUGAAGUGGAAUCCACUAGGCUGUCACGGCGGGUAUGUGGAUGGUGUCAUCUGGCUUAACGUUUCCUUCUGGACAUCCUUCAGAUAUUCACCUGCCUUUUCGGGCAGCCAAGACUGAUUUGUAUGUUUCCUUCUGCUGGUUUGUCGAGUGGCAGGCUACAAAACAUGAUCUUCAAAAUUUGUAUAAGAGAGCUUCUGAAGGCAAGACAGGAUAUCCCCAACCACCUCAAGUUGUUAAAUGCCUCGUGCAAAGGACAGCAGUCAACCAGGUUCAGGGCUUUGAGUAGCAAAGCUUUCCGUUUUGCCUUUGCUUUUUAAAAAAAAACUUGUGAUUUGGAAAACUUCAUUACUCUGACAAUAUGUGGAGUGUCCUAAGCCAAACCUGGAUGUCUGCUUUCAGGGGAAGAGAGGCUGGUCUGGUACACGCUUGUAAUAUGAAAAUUAAUGACAAUCGAACAUCUUUAUGUUUAUUUAUAAUUGCAAUAAUUCGAGAUGAAGUGGAUGCAUUUGUUACUUAGCAAUCGAUGACCAUGUCAGAAUAAAUGUCUUUAUAAAA